CCUCAGAGGCAGGAAAUGCUUCCCAGGCAAUCUGGGCCUGGUGGUGGAGGCCCCUUUCGCAAAACAUCAGUCUGAGUUCAGGAGACAGAAGGCACUGGGAGCGUCUUGACAGGCUGCUGCUCCGGCUGAGGCUCCCUCCAGCUGCCCAGGGUGUUUUUGUUAGAACCACACGCUGCGCAGGACUGCUUAGAAUAGAGCCAAGAUCUCAACCACGAAAUGUGAACUUAUAUUUUGGAGAAACUAACGGUCCGGACUUCUUGGCUAACCUGAGCGUUGAACAAUGUCAUGCCUUGGCGUCGCAGCUCCUCCUUGUCUAGGUGGUGAAAUGAGAACACUCACUUUCUUCCUCAGUCAGCAAAUUUGAAGUUCUUUCAUCAAGUUCCAUCUCCUUUUGUCUCACAUGGAAUGUAUUUCUGUAUCUGCUGUUAAACUACAAUGACAUGUCUGUAGCUAUCAGGAAGACAAGCUGGGAAGAACAUGUGACCCAAUGGAUGGGACAGCCUUUUAGUUCUGAUGAUCAUAACACAGCAUGUCAUCAUGGACUCGUAGCUGACAGCUUGCAGGCAAGUAUGGAAAAAGAUGCAACCCUAAAUGCGGACCGCAAAGAGAAGUGUGUUUCACUGCCGGACUGCUGCCACGCAUCAGAGCUGAGAGAUUUUCCCGGGAGGCCAAUGGGUCACGUUUCAAAGGAGGUGGAUGAAAAUGACAGCCAGGAAGGUGAAGAUCAGUUUCUUUCUCUGGAAGCCAGCACGGAAACACUAGUGCACGUUUCUGAUGAGGAUACCGAUUCUGAUCUGUAUCUUGCAGAUGAUAAACAGAUUUUAACUUCCCAAGGGCAGGGAACCUCAGGCCAACAUAGCGUCAAAGGAGCAGGCUCCUUCGUCGAGACGCUGCCUAUCACGGAAACAAACCAGGAUUCUUACAACUCCUGGGGAGUGGCUGGUGGAGCUGAAUUAGCACUGGUAGAAGAAAGUGGGGAGAGGAAAGUUAUUGACAUUAUAAGUAAAAGCCUGGAGCUUUGUAAUGAUAUAAGCUUAAGUGAAAUAAAAGAUGCAUCCCAAAUACAUGUAUGUGAGUCGUUGAAUGUGAACGAUAUUGUGCCUGAGAAGCAAUUGCUUAAUUCUGCUGUAAUUGCUCAGCAACGAAGGAAACCCGACUUCCCUAAGGAGGAACAUGAAAGAAACACCUGCUGUGUAGUACAAGAUGAGUUUUUCGCUAGCCCUUGUGCAGACAGGGGACUGCCAUUAUCAAAAGCAGAUCCUGGUGGCUGCCUUCUACAGCCUCCUUCCUGCCCUGGUGGAAUGUCCGCUGAAAAUGGCCUGCAGAAGAGUGGUUUCUCAGAACAUCAAAACAAAAGUCUUCCAAAGGUCAGCUCUGGAGAUGGCAUGCAGUGUUUACACUUAAAGGAACCUCUGACCACCCAGGAACCCACAGAUAAUCAAGUCAGACUUCGCAAGAGAAAGGAAAUAAAAGAAGAUCGAGACAGGGCGCGGCUUGACUCCAUGGUGCUGCUAAUAAUGAAACUGGACCAACUUGACCAGGACAUUGAGAACGCUCUCAGCACCAGCUCCUCUACAUCCAGCACACCAACCAUGCGGCGGCACGUCCCUGACCUGGAGUCCGGAUCUGAGAGCGGAGCAGAUACCAUUUCAGUAAAUCAGACACCAAUACAUUUGUCUUCUAACGCCGAGUCCAUUGACCUACCAUCUUCCACCCCAGUGACCAGUUCUGGAACCAAACCCAAGUCUACCACGGCUAUCCCAGGUAUUUCAGAGAAGGAAAUGGCUGAAAUUGAAGCCAAAGAAGCUUGUGAUUGGCUACGGGCAACAGGUUUCCCCCAGUAUGCACAGCUUUAUGAAGCACUUGACAGGGAAGGAGGUGUUUGCUCUGCAGACAAUCUCCUGUUCCCUAUUGAUAUUUCCUUGGUCAAGAGAGAGCAUGACUUUUUGGACAGAGAUGCCAUUGAGGCUCUAUGCAGGCGUCUGAAUACUUUAAACAAAUGUGCGGUGAUGAAACUGGAAAUCAGUCCUCAUCGGAAGAGAAGUGAGGAUUCGGACGAGGAUGAGCCUUGUGCCAUCAGUGGCAAGUGGACUUUCCAGAGAGACAGCAAGAGGUGGUCCCGGCUGGAAGAGUUUGAUGUCUUUUCCCCAAAGCAGGACACGGUCCCGGGGUCCCCAGAGGAUCCCCACCUGAAGAGCGCCCCGAGCCACGAGAGCAUGCUGACGGACUUGAGCGAGCGCCAGGAGGUGGCUUCCGUCCGCAGCCUCAGCAGCACCAGCAGCCUCCCGGCCCAUGUGCCCCACGGCGGGGACGCGGCCACACCCCGGACUAACUCGGCCCUCAGCGUCUGCUCCUCCGCCGGCCACUUGGCCGGCAAUAACGACGACUCUUUCUGCAGCCUGCCCUCCCCCAAGGAGCUGUCCAGCUUCAGCUUCAGCAUGAAGGGCCACGAGAAGACCGCCAAGUCCAAGACGCGCAGCCUGCUGAAGCGCAUGGAGAGCCUGAAGCUCAAGGGCUCCCAGCACGGCAAGCACAAGGCGCCCUCCAAGCUGGGGCUGAUCAUCAGCGGGCCCGUCCUGCAGGAGGGCAUGGACGAGGCCAAGCUCAAGCAGCUCAACUGCGUGGAGAUCUCCGCGCUCAACGGCAACCACAUCAACGUCCCCCUGGUACGAAAGAGGAGCGUCUCCAACUCCACGCAGACCAGCAGCAGCAGCAGCCAGUCCGAGACCAGCAGCGCCGUCAGCACGCCCAGCCCCGUCACCCGGACCCGGAGCCUCAGCGCCUGCAACAAGCGCGUGGGCAUGUACCUGGAGGGCUUCGACCCCUUCAGCCAGUCCACGUUCAACAACGUGGUGGAACAGAACUUCAGGAACCGCGAGAGGUACCCCGAGGACACGGUGUUCUACAUCCCCGAGGACCACAAGCCCGGCACUUUCCCCAAGGCCCUCUCCAACGGCAACUUCUCUCCCUCGGGGAACAGCAGCUCCGUGAACUGGAGGACGGGCAGCUUCCACGGCCCCGGCCACAUCAGCCUGAGGAGGGAGAACAGCAGCGACAGCCCCAAGGAGCUGAAGAGACGCAACUCCUCCAGUUCCAUGAGCAGCCGCCUGAGCAUCUACGACAACGUGCCGGGCUCCAUCCUCUACUCCAGCUCGGGGGACCUGGCCGACCUGGAGAACGAGGACAUCUUCCCCGAGCUGGACGACAUCCUCUACCACGUGAAUGGGAUGCAGAGGAUCGUCAACCAGUGGUCGGAGAAGUUCUCGGACGAGGGAGACUCGGACUCGGCCCUGGACUCCGUCUCUCCGUGCCCGUCCUCUCCCAAACAGAUACACCUGGAUGUGGACCACGACCGGGCCACGCCCAGCGACCUGGACAGCACGGGCAACUCGCUGAAUGAGCCCGAGGAGCCCUCUGACAUCCCAGAGCGGAGGGAUUCUGGGGUUGGAGCCUCCCUGACAAGGUCCAACAGGCACCGGCUGAGGUGGCACAGUUUCCAGAGCUCUCACCGGCCCAGCUUAAACUCGGUGUCACUGCAGAUUAACUGCCAGUCUGUGGCCCAGAUGAACCUGCUGCAGAAGUACUCGCUCCUGAAGCUGACGGCCCUGCUGGAGAAGUACACGCCUUCCAACAAGCAUGGUUUCAGCUGGGCUGUGCCCAAGUUCAUGAAAAGGAUCAAGGUUCCAGACUACAAGGACCGGAAUGUGUUUGGCGUCCCUCUGACCGUCAACGUGCAGCGCUCGGGUCAGCCCCUGCCCCAGAGCAUUCAGCAGGCCAUGCGCUACCUUCGCAACCAUUGUUUGGAUCAGGUUGGGCUCUUCAGAAAAUCGGGUGUUAAAUCCCGGAUCCAGGCCCUGCGCCAGAUGAAUGAAAGUGCCAUCGAUUGUGUCAACUACGAGGGGCAGUCUGCUUAUGACGUGGCUGACAUGUUGAAGCAGUAUUUUCGAGAUCUUCCGGAGCCACUAAUGACGAACAAACUCUCGGAAACCUUCCUGCAGAUCUACCAAUAUGUGCCCAAGGACCAGCGCCUCCAGGCCAUCAAGGCCGCCAUUAUGCUGCUGCCGGACGAGAACCGGGAGGUGCUGCAGACGCUCCUCUACUUCCUGAGUGACGUCACGGCAGCUGUGAAGGAGAACCAGAUGACGCCCACCAACCUGGCCGUGUGCCUGGCGCCUUCGCUCUUCCACCUCAAUACCCUGAAGAGAGAGAAUUCUUCCCCAAGGGUGAUGCAAAGAAAACAGAGUUUGGGCAAACCAGAUCAGAAAGAUUUGAAUGAAAACCUCGCUGCCACGCAAGGGCUGGCCCAUAUGAUUGCGGAGUGCAAGAAGCUUUUCCAGGUUCCUGAGGAAAUGAGCCGAUGUCGCAAUUCCUACACCGAGCAAGAGCUGAAGCCUCUCACUCUCGAAGCUUUGGGACGCCUCUGUGCCGAUGAGUCCGCUGACUACCAGCACUUCCUGCAGGACUGCGUGGACAGCCUGUUUAAAGAGGUCAAAGAGAAGUUCAAAGGCUGGGUCAGCUGCUCCACGUCUGAGCAGGCCGAGCUGUCCUAUAAGAAGGUGAGUGAAGGACCCCCUCUGAGGCUUUGGCGGUCGACCAUCGAAGUCCCUGCGAUGCCCGAGGAAGUCUUGAAGCGCCUCCUUAAAGAGCAGCAUCUCUGGGAUGUAGACCUGUUGGAUUCAAAAGUGAUCGAAAUCCUGGACAGUCAGACUGAAAUUUACCAGUACGUUCAGAACAGUAUGGCACCCCAUCCUGCUCGGGACUACGUCGUUUUGAGGACAUGGAGGACGAACUUACCCAAGGGGGCAUGUGCCCUUUUACUCACAUCCGUGGAUCACGACCGGGCCCCCGUGGUGGGGGUGAGGGUCAAUGUGCUCCUGUCCCGGUAUCUGAUCGAACCCUGCGGGUCAGGGAAAUCCAAACUCACCUACAUGUGCAGAGCUGACUUAAGGGGCCACAUGCCAGAGUGGUACACGAAAUCUUUUGGACAUUUGUGUGCAGCCGAAGUCGUAAAAAUCCGAGACUCUUUCUGUCACCAGAACACUGAAAGCAAAGACACUAAAUCCAGGUGAUCACCGAGGCAGAGCCGCCGUGUCCACCUUCCCACCUUCCGGGCGUUCGUUUCCAGAGCCCUUGCCAGUGCUCGGGAGCACGGGUCCUGCGUCUAAUCCUGAAACAAAACUGCAAGUUGGAGCAUAGGAAUCGACUGUAGUGAUUUGAUACAUUUUCAAAGCUGCUUCCCGUUGGUUUAAGGUCUGUGUUACAGAUCUUGACUGGAAUAUAUAAGACUGCAAAGAAAAAAAAUGUAUUCUUAUGCGAAUUGCUUCUGAGAAGCAACACUAUAAAUACAUUACAGAAGAUAAUGAAGAUACUUCAUUCUCUUGUGAUAUUGGUGUAUGUGUCCCUAUGUCCUUGUGUUUGCAGCGUGUUGAGGGGCUGGCGUAUCCACUGGAAUAGUUGGUACUCUACGACAGGUUUUCUCACUGAGAGGAGCAGAGAAAGGUUUGCACAGAGGCGUGUGUGUAUGUUUGUUUGUUGCUGGUUGCAUGGCACAGAUGUGUAGGUUGGGACGCCGCAGUGUCUGGCACACUGAGAUGCCUCCAGAAGGAUAUUGAUGCGUCAGGUGCAGUUUAACCUGGAAUAUCUGACUACCCAUGGAUCCAUCCAGAAAUUUAAAAGGGAACUCUUUUAUUUUGAGGGGUCAGACAGCCCACCCUUGUCUAUUUUUUUUUUCCUGAGUUAUAUUAAACAGACUCCUCUAUCCACUUCUUCUUUACCUGGAAAGUGACUGUAGUGAAUUUACUCUGAUCUCCCAUUUCACACACCGUUUCUCUCUAGACCUGAUUGCAAAAGUUGUUUGUAGGUUGUUAUUAACAGCAUUUUCAAAAGCUGAACAGGUUUAUUAAUUUAAUUUGCCCUUAACAGCAAAUAGAUUUUCUGGCUUUUUUUUUCCUUUGCUUUUUCUACAUUUUCUUUUUUUUUCCCCUUUAUAAUGAUGUCCUUGGAAUUUAUUUUCAUGAUAAUGGCAAACAGGUAUCACAGUAAAAAACAAAACAGCAGCACAGUUUUGGAAGGGUGGUCUUUAUACAGGUUUUACUGUAAUGGUAAAGGUCGACUUCAGAGACAGUAUUAGUGAAUUUAUUUAGUAUGGAUCGAAGUGAAUAAUGUAUGAAUGAGAGUUGUAAGAAGGAUUUUUAUUUUGUUAUAAUGUAGUUACCAUUGUCAGUGUUAUUUCCAAGGUUCUUUGAAGAAUUGGUGGGGACAGAUUAGAGUGUUAAAAUUUGAGUAUUUUGGAUAUCAGUGUUUUUCAUGAAGAUAUACUUGUAUAUUCCAUUUGAAUGGCUUUCAGAUUUGUAAGAUUGUAUGUUGUAUAUACCAUUCUAUUAAGACACAUGUACACAUGUCCACUGUGCUUUCAAACAUAGAUUAAGCAUGAUAAAGAUUAUUAUUUAAAAUAUACUUGUAUUUAUACCUCAGAUAUUCUUUUGGGUUUUGUACCUCAAGGCUUUUUUUUUUCCUAAUGUAAAUACACUUACAUGAAUACAGUCUAAGAGAAAAAAUAAAUAAAAGAAGAGGUUUAUAAUGUGCUCUGUAUCUGUACAGAAUAUAAUCGAUAAGUGCACUAUUAAAUGUUUAAGGGAAAAGUCUGGCCUGCUCUCCUCUGCAAUGCAGCUUCCUCCCUCCCACCCUGAAAACCACAGACUGCAAGGCACAUCGUUCUAGCACCAGCCACAGCGAAAGCAUGGAGUUGCUGAAGGAAAAGCCGGACUGCAAAUCAUUCCAAGGCCAAACCGCAGCUGAGCCACUCGCUAGCCCACAGGGAAGCCUGGAGAUGCUCUCUGAAGGCUGUUAGGAAAUGAUGCUGAGAAAGUUAUGGGAAAGCACAACAGCUACGGAAAGAUGCUCCUCAGCAAAGCCAAGGUCACUGUUCAUCCCACCCAAGGUCUCUCCCACGGUUUGGCUCCCCUGUUGAGAGGAUGUCUUCCACGUUUGACAAGAGGAGAUCCCAAAGGGUGUGGACAUUUGCAAGAACUCUGCUUACGUCGCCUAGAGUGCUAUCGCCACAACUGACUAAUUGUGACUAAUGGCCUAGAUUGUAAGGUCUCUGAGGGCAGGGCUCUCCUGCACAUCUCUGUACUCCCCUGCAGCAGCUUUCAGUGUUUGUACUUGUAGGCACCUAAUAAAUGGAUUAUUUGCUAAAUGGGA